ACUUGAUGGAACUGACAAUAGAGCCAGCUGGAACAAGGGGUGGGGGAAAAAAACAUAUGUCCUGGUUAUUGGGUUAAUGGCUCGAGGUUUUGUUUCCAUUGUUUUCUUUUUUGGUAGUAGCCUGGACAGGAGUGACAGCAAGGACAGAUAAAAAAACAUGGAGUCGCAUGAUCAGUGUAGAAGGAAAGCCAGGUGUCAAAACCACGUGGUGUCUGCUCUCCACAGGAAAAGGAACCCAUUGACGCCUCGGUUUUCAAGCUCAAACCUCCCACAUGAUUAAGCUUCAACAACAGCUAUAAUUAUUCGCGGAUCAAGUCUCUUCUUCCUAACCCCCUCGUGCAAAUGGUGGGCGUCUUCAAGCGUUCUCUUUCAUUUCCCAACAAGCAUCCCAACCGUCCAUCGAAACCGCCUAUAUCUCAUCACGUAAGAUCCGUCAGUCUUCCAUGCAGAUCACAUCCUUUGAUUUCCCAGAUCAAAACUGAGAUCAAUGAGCUCAAAAUCUGGUCUUCCAAAUCUGAAAACCGAACAUCGGCUUGGCUCUGUGACGGCUUACGUCGUCUCAAAGACGUUCACGACUCUCUUGAUGAUAUUCUCCAACUCCCUCAAACACAGGAGUCUCUUCGUAACCAGCACCAGUGGGUCGAGAAGCUUCUAGAAGAUUUUCUUCGCUUUGUUGACGUUUAUGGAAUCUUUCAGACGUCAGUUUUGGCUCUUAAAGAAGAGCAGCUUGCGGCACAGGUGGCUAUAAGGAAGAAAGAUGAUUCAAGAGUGGCUUUGUAUUUAAAAGCUAGAAAAAAGAUUGCUAAAGAGAUGGUUAAACUUGCAUCAGCAAUUCGAUGUAUUGGGCAAUACCCAGUUCCAAGAUCCCUGUUGGUGUCGAAUAUUGCUAACACUGAGUUGGCUGGUGUGGUCUGUGAAGCUGUGGAAGUGACAUUGUUGGUCACAGAAGCUCUUUUUAGUGGAAUUUCAUCAUCAUUUGCGUCGAGAAAGUCUUCUUGGAUGGGGCUGAGGUUAAGCAAGAGGGCUAAGAGUCUCAAGGUUGAAGAAAGUAUUGAAGAAUUUCAACAAGUUAGUGCAGAGAUCUUGUGGGGUUUGAGAAAAAAAGAUGACGAACAUGUUGACAAGGUAUUGAAGAAAAUGCAGCAUUUAGAAGGUUGUAUCUGCAGUGUUGAUAGUGUUAGUGAAAAAGCAUUUAGAAGCUUGAUCAACACUAGGGUUUCACUACUCAACACUCUCACGCACCAUUAGAGAGUUGGACUGGAUUCAAUUUGAUUCGGAUCAAGCAUGAAAAAGACCCAGUUCGAGAUCAGUUCAAAUUUAACGAGUUGAAGUUUGAAUUCAGCUAAAACUCAAGCAACUUGUUUCAAAUCUAGCCUUGUUUCGCUUUCCUUAUGUUUCAAUUACUUAGAACAAAAUGAAAUUCUUCGAAACCAGUCUGCAGAUCAUGUGAAUGUAAAUGGAAUGGAACUUUGUACAGUUUGGAAUUUUCGUAAAUUGAUUUUCUUCAGUCAUGUUUCAUAAAUCUUAAAAUGAAGUACAAUUGGUUCUUGUA